AUGGCCGACGAGGGGCCCAAGGAAGGAAUCAAGACUGAGAACAAAGGUGGCGGGCAGGAUGGUCCUCUGGCGCAGUUUAAGAUUAAGAGGCAUACGCCACGUAGUAAACUAAUGAAAGCCUAUUGUAAACAACAGGGUUUGUCAGUGAGGCAGGUCGGGUUCCGAUUUGAUGGUCAGCCAAUCAAUGAAACAGACACACCUGCACAGUUGGAAAUGGAGGAUGAAGAUACAAUUGACGUGUACCAGCAGCAGACAGGAGGCGUCUACUAAAAAG